AUAGCUGCUAGGCUGGCAAAACACCUUCCUGCUUGGCAUCCUUGAUGGUCCUUGGAGUACUCCGGGUUCGCCCUUGUUUGUAAACAACGAUAAUGUUCUCCAGUUUCUCAUCCUUCCUAGCAUCUAUUCCACAGCCGGGUCAGGAGCAUCGCUCACACCAGUCACUUCCAACUCCAAACAAUGACACUCCAAACGAUGACACUUCAGAACCAGAUGAAGUUCAUUCCCAACCACUGGACUAUGCUGAUCCCAAGCCGAAGAAAAAAGACAAGAGGGAGAAACUUAUAAACGAGACAUUCAUUGUUGUACGACCCCCACCGAGUAAAUCAAAUCACCCGCUCAAUCUCCAGGUUCAACUCGUACCCCCCCAAUCUCGUCAUGAUCGACCCCAUGCAACUGUCCAGGCGCUCGACCAGUCAGCCCCAGAUACAGCUGACAUCACUUCUGAUUCCACCGAUCUUAGGAGAACCGCUUCCGACCAGUCAGAGUCGUCUAUGUUUUCAGCUUACACUUCUGCAACAUCUAUAUCAUCAUUUAAUUCGUCUUCAACUACGAGUUCGGGACGUCGCAUGAUCAUUCCACUUUACAAUCUCCAAGCUCACAAUGUCAUGACCAAUGUUAUAGUGGACGCUGGCACUGAUGCCAAAGUGGCUAAAUUCGCCAAGAGGGGUUUGGAAAUUCUCGGUCUGGCCAUUCUCGAACCUAUUGAAGUAUGGGGCACUGUACCGUUGCUAGGUGCUUUACCGCCAAGUAGCAGCGCGCGCACUAGCGUUGAUGAUUCAAAACGAGAACUAGGCUUGUUGUUCCCUCGGCCACCUACCCACUCCCUGAACAUUAGGCCUGUUACACCCGAACUUUCCACCACUCUCCGUCCGCCUUCUUCACACACGGACAUUCCUCGUAAACCAAGCUUUACCCUUGCCCCCACUACCCUAGAAGAAACUAUAACUAGUAACGCACAGCCCCAGCGCGGAGGCGCUAAAAAGCUGUUUACGAAGAUGUUCAAGAAAAGAAACACGUCUUCGCGAACGCUCCCAUUAGUGACGGCGACUGCCGAUUUGCAGGGUUCGCCAAGCAUAACUCAUGUUUCAUCUCGCCGAUCGCAUGACCUACCCCCAUCGAGUCCUCAAGUUCUGGAUGUACCUCGUUUUAAUGAUAAUCCUCCACGCACUUCAUUGUCGGGAAUUUCAUCCACCGUCACACUUUGUCCCCCUGUCCUCGGUAUCCAAGCUUCCCUUUAUCCGUCAAUAUCUCCACCCAAAGGCCGACCCACCAAGUAUGUUUGGGUUGUCCGUAAAUGGCUGAAGGGCACGGACACGGGUAUUUUGAAUGGGAUGAUGGGUAAAUUGAGCGUAAAUGGGCGCGGGGAUCUCGCUGGAGCGAGUGCUCCGCAGGUGGAGGUGCGUUUUGAGUGGUCACGAGGAUUGAAAAAGGAAAAGGAGCGGGGUAGGAAGCCCCGUGCUGAUAGGAGGCCGCCGACGCAAGGCCCCGACAGUGGGAGCGUCAGCUGCCGCGGAAGCGCGGUUGUGACAUCCGAACCUCCGUUGACGAGGUUGGUUCACAAAUCGCCAUCUCGUUUGUGUGACCCCCCAUCGACCCUCGAUACGUUGCCAAAAAGCCAUAGUCAAUCAAGGUAUUCGCACCACAGUACCAGCUCAGACGGUAGCACUAGUAUUGGAAGUAGCGCUCACCGCGCAGAUGACUCUGGUAAUGACAGUGACGCCGAGGAUUCAGAGACGCCUUGGACGUGUACUCUCACGGUACAACGCACGGGUCAUCCGCCAUUGAUGCACAAUUCCACACAGCAGGAAGACCAUGUCGUCCGACUGAAAGUUGCCACACUUAAGCCGACCCCACACCAUCCAAAAGUCGUCGGACUCCUGAAGGUCCCCUUUCCAUUGCCAGACAUAGACGUUGAGCGUCUUUCGGUGCACCGUCGUGUGGUUACUGCGCAGGGCGUUAUCACAACUGCCUCUAACUCGGGCGAGUUGACGCUUACCGCUGAGGAGAUCAAGGAUUCGAUUUCAUCUACCGCUUUAUGGCUUGUCGUACGAGAGGCAUUCGGGGGCGUCGGCCGAGAACGCAGAAAGGGUGAUGGGUGGCGAAUCAGAGCCUGAUCGCCCCCGGCACAGAAUAAUGUCUGUCCACUGCAUUCUGGCCCGCGAUAUGUCUGCUCCGACCCCGAGUCAUUCCUACCUUAUCUAUCUCGCAAUAUAUAUCCUCCCCCCUCACAAGGCAUGCCUCUAUCUCCUGGUUUUUUUUCGUCUCCCUAAGUGGGUACAUCGCGCUAAUGUAUUGAUAUCGAACGCCCCUUUGCUGCUUGGUCGCUUUUAACUCAUCCCUGUCAUCUUUUACUCACUCACAUGAUACACUGAAAUGCAGUUUUGUACAUACUAAUGGUGUGAUUAUAUUAUCUGAUAUGUACUCGGCACUGUACCUGAUCACAAUCAUACAUCUCGUUUCAUGAAUC